CAGGAAUGUAUACAGGAACAACUACAAACAAACCUCAAGUUCCUACUACAGGAACAUCUACAGGCUCCUCUCCAGUCAAACCUGAAGAGUCACCUACAGGCAUACCUGUAAGCACACUAAUCAUCAUCGGUGUCGUGGUGGCAGUGUUGGUUGUCGUAGCUGCGUCUUUCCUUUGCUACAGGUGUUGCUUCAGGAAGCAAAACGAGACAAGAGCUGAAGAUACCACGUUGACGGCAAUGAGCAACAUCAACCCCACCUUCUCCAAUAAUGGUGGGCCAACUGAUUUUGAUCUACGAAACCACGGGACUGUUCCCCAUCCUGAUCUCCCUCGACCAAGUUCAUCACAUGACAGCGAAAACAGCAUCUACGGAGUAAUAGUGCCACGUUGAAAAUAAAACAACCUGACAAACUGCCACAUUAAUGAGGAACAGUGCCACCGUUGAACCCAACAUAAUAUGAGGAACAGUGCCACAUUUCCUGAGAGAUUGUGCCACAUUGUACCUAACACCACCUGAGGAACAUUGCUAUGCUGAACAUAACAUAACCUGAGGAACUGUGUCACAUUGAACCUAACAUUACCUGAGCAACAGUGCCACAAUGAACCUAACAUUACCUGAGAAACAGUGUCACAUUAAACCUAACAUUACCUGAGCAACAGUGCCACAUUGAACCUAAAUUACCUGAGAAAUUGUGCUACAUUAAACAAAAUAUUAUCUGGCAAAGUGCCACAUUGAACCUAACAUUACCUGAGCAACAUUCCACAAAAUUUAUCCUCAGGACAUCCUCGUUGUAACCUCAAGGGUACCCAAAAAAUUUACUCAAAAACGUUUAUUAAAAAAAAACACACCAGUUAUAAAAUAUCCCCCACAGGCUAAAUCCUAACCCUUUUGACCACCGAUGUACCUCAAAGUAAACCAUUUAUGAUACUGCCACUUGUAUAUAAAACCCCAAUAAUCACCUGGUCGGGAUAUAAACCACAGAAAACCACAAUUCAAGAAUUAUGCAUAACAAUUAUAUGCCGCCAAAUAUAACCACUGGUGAAUAUAACCUCAUAAAAUACAAUACCUUUAUGAGCCCCAUAAAACCACAAUGCACUAGGGCCACCCUCUAAGAGCCAUAACAAUAACACCGAAAGAACCACAAUCACCACCUCUUUUUGCUCGUAAAAUCACAGAUCACCACCAAAAAUCAUCAUCAUCACGAACCUCUUAUAAUAUUUCUUAACAGUAAUUUCCUAUAUUUUUUCACCCCGUUUUUCAUCAUGAAAUAAUUACUUUACGCCAAAUCGUCGCAGUUUGCACAUAAUAAGAAAAAUAGUAAAAGAAUGAAAGGAAAAAAAAAAACGUUACAUUAAACUGAUUAAUCACAUUUCGUCGUCAAUUUGCAAAAUAUGAAAGAAAAAAAUGCAACUGCGCAAUGUUGUUAUUGCUUACCCCUAGCAACCUAUUUCAGUUUAGAUAUAUGAGCUAAUUUCGACCGACCUGUCUUUUCAUCUAAGACUACAAAUCUGUUUCCUGUCUUUUCCUCAAUAACUCUAAAAGGACCCUCAAUUUCGGACCUAAUUUGUAAUUUAGUUCAUUUCUCACAUUGAUUUUUAAAAAUACAUUGUCUCCAACAGCAAUUUUUACAUCUAAUGAUUUCUCGUUGCUUCUUUCCACCAUUUCUCGGGUCGUAGCCU